CAAGAAAAAAAUGCACUGAAGGGGACAAAAAUGUGUCAGUGAAAACACACACGGACUAUUCUCUGCGAUCGAUUCGUUUUUUUCUUUCUCGUCAGUCUCGAACGAAUACGCGAUUACGUGGACGAAAAAAAUGUUAUUGUGGAUCAGCAGAUCUUCAGGAUGUCAGCUAAAACAUCUGCUGAUUUCUGUUUUGUCUGUUUCUAUUAGUCUGUCCUUUGUUUAGUUUGCGUCACGAUCACGGUGUGCGGCAACGUUUCAGAAAUGUCGAAUCUUGUUGGAUUAGAUUUCGAAGUAUUCGGAAGAGUUCAAGGCGUGUUCUUCAGGAAGUAUACGCAACAGCGUGGUAAAGAACUGGGUUUGAAGGGUUGGUGCAUGAAUACGAAGGGAGGGAGCGUCGUUGGAAGAAUUGAAGGUGAAAAAUCCAAAGUUGAUGACAUGAAACACUGGCUUCAAAAGAUCGGAAGUCCUCAAUCGCUCAUCGAUAAAGCUGAAUUUCGCAACGAGAGAGAUAUCUCCGAAUUAACUUUUGCAGAUUUUUCUAUUAAAAAAUAACUUUUCAUCACAUGAUUUUCGUGCGCACUCGUAUCGUAUGUCAGAAAAAUUAUACAUAUGUAAAUCUAUUUGAGACAUGUAUUUAUCGAAAUUCGUGAUAAAAUUCCAAAAGAAUACGAUCAAAAAUUGAACGAGUGUCUGUCAUAGUGCAUCAACGUCGAACAAAAAGUUAUUACAGCGAUUUUUGUACAUGCGUUAUUCAUCGUGUUUGUGAAAGUGAAUAGUUCAACCCACCGAGUUCUGUAUUUAACCUAAAAAUAAAGAAAAACCGCUCCACUUCAACGUA